GUCACAGUUUCUUCUAGCGAAGGCAGAUUGUUGCUCUUACAGUCCCAGAAAUUUGCAUUCGAACUGGAUAUAGAACUAUUGGGUCAGAGUUUAUCAUCGUGGAAUAUUAUACGCCUCCAUUAUAUAACGAAUGAUACCAGCGUCUGCUACUGAUUUAAAUAGUUAGCUACAAGGCUAAAAUUCUCUGUUGUAAACGCAGAUUGCUCUCGCCCUGGAGUGAGACUAAUUCCUUCUAACAAAUGGCAACCAAAUGGGGAAUUGCCAGUGCUGGCAAAAUCAGUCAUGAUUUUGUUACUGCACUGAGCACUCUCCCACAGGAAGAGCAUAAAGUAGUGGCUGUUGCUGCUAGGGAGCUGAAGAGAGCUCAAGAUUUUGCAAAGCACCAUUCUAUUCCAACUGCAUAUGGUUCAUACGAAGAACUUGCAAAAGAUCCCAAUAUUGAUGUGAUUUACAUUGGAACCAUCCAGUCACAGCAUCUUGAAGUUGGAAAAUUGAUGUUGAAUAAUGGAAAGCCUAUACUCUGUGAAAAGCCAUUGACUUUGAACUUAAAAGAAACAACUGAGUUGAUAUCAUUAGCAAAGCGGAAAGGAUUAUUUAUGAUGGAAGCAGUCUGGUCUCGUUUCUUCCCUGCAUAUAGCAUGCUGAAGAAAGAAAUAGAAUCAGGUAGCAUAGGUGAAGUCAUUCAAGUGAUGGCAAAUUUUGGCUUUCCUAUAGAAGACUUGGAGCGUAUAAGACUGCGAGAAUUUGGGGGUGGCAGCAUCCUUGACCUGGGAGUUUAUUGUCUGCAGUUUGCUUUAUUCAUAUUUGGACCUGUGCAUCCAAAAGAGAUUGUAGCUGCAGGGGAGUUAAAUGAAAAUGGAUGUGAUAGGAACAUGGCCUGUGUUUUAAAAUAUGAAGGUGGUAAAACUGCAGUUCUUAGUUCAAAUGCUCGUGUAACUCUUCCAAAUGAAGCUUACAUAGUUGGGACCAAAGGCAGUAUAAAAUUGCCGAGCUUCUGGUGUCCUACAAGUUUAUCAACACCAGAAAAGAACUAUGAUUUCAUUUUGCCAACAGCAUCAAAACCUUUUAAUUUCAACAACAGUGCAGGUUUACGUUAUGAAGCUAUGGAAGUUCGACAGUGUCUGAAAGAAGGGUUGUUGGAGAGUCCCAAAAUGACUCAUGCAGAGAGUUUACUUCUGGCUGAAUUAGAAGACAAACUGAGACACAUAAUAGGAGUGAAAUUUGAUCAAGAUGAUUAGAAAACCUUGUUGUUUGUAUAGUGAUUGACUAAUGAUAUUUCGUAUUGUAUAAUUGUGCUCUUUAGUGGAAAAAAUUGAGUAUAAAACAGUAUAUUGUAUGUUCCAUAUAAAGUGAUGUUUUGUAUACAUUUUUGCAGACAAGAUAAGGCUUCAGAAAAUCAAA